CUUCCGCCGGGAGCUUUGUGCAGCCGGCUUCCUCGCCCCGCCCGCGCUGGCCUUGGUGCGCCGGAUAAAGCCCUCCGGACCAGCCGCUGCGGCCGGGCCAAGGUUCCGCGCCGGGCGUGGACGGUGUGGGGCGGUCCCGGCCCCGCAGAUCCUCGUUCCUAGCUGCCUGCCAGCGUCCUCGGCCCAGCCCUGAGGAUGGACCCAGGUGAUCCCACUGGUGACCCUGCCGCUGGCGAGCGCCGCCGCAUGGGCCAGGACCCCCUCCUGCUCCUGCAGGCCCUGCAGACCUUGUGGUCCACGCGGGAGCGGCAGCAGCUCCGGGAGGAAGCCUGGCGGGGGUUUGCUGCCUUGGACGACCCCCUGGCCGGGCUUCUGGACAUGCUGGAGAGCUGCCGGGGCCAGCGGGGAGAGGGCCCCUCCCUGGCGGCCUGGAUCUCCCACCAGCUGCAGUGCUGGCUACAGGCACAGCCACGCCCGAGCCUGGCCCAGCACAGCCUGAGGCUGAAGCAGCUGCAGGCCCGAGCGGUCAGAGUCCUCACUGAGAGCCCCCCCAGCCUUGUGGCACCACUGGCCAGCAUCUUCCAGCUGCAGGAUGCAGACAGGAGCUGCCUGCUGGCGCACGUCCACCGCCUCCACCACGAGGGCAGGUUCAGAGAAGCAGCCACGCUGGGCGCGACGUUGAAGCUGCAGUCGGAGCUUGGCGUUGAAAAGAUGAGCGUCCCACUGCUCCUCCAGGACAAGGUGGCCCUCGUGGAGCGCUACGUGGCCGGCUUCCCGGACCUCCAGAGGAGGCUGCUGGUCCUCAUGGAUUCCUGGUGCCAGCCCGGCUUUGACAUCAAGGACGUUGCCAGACAGUACCCUGAGGUGACCUCCUUGAGCCUGGAGAAGCUGAGUCCGAAGGUGCUGAGCAGGCAGGUCUUGCGUCUGCAGGAGCGGUACGGCGUAGCCCCAGCGCUGUGUCCAAACGCGGCCAUUCAGCAGCGCCUGGGCCUGCGGCACCUGCACCACAAGCGGUUUGUGGAGAAGAGCCUGUCACAGGAGAACUGGACCGACCACGUGCAGGGCCUGGUGGGGCAGAGCCCGUGGCUUCAGGAGCAGCUGUCUCAGCUGCUGGUCUCCCACAGUGAUCCAGUCACGGCCGCCCAGUGUGCCAUGGACCUCUUGCUGCCCGAGGAGCGGCUGCCGGCUGCGGUGGCUGUGGAACUCCGCCGGUUCAGGCUCCAGGGGAGGGCGACUGAGGCUGACUCGAGGCUGGAGGUGAAGGACAUGAAGGACCGUUACUACCAGCUGCCCAUCCCCAGGGAGAGCAUCCACCUCCUGGCCUCGUGGGAAGACCUGACCAGACACGAGGGUGCACUCCUGCAGUGCCACCAAGUGGUUGGUGUAGACCUGGAGUGGACACCUGUGUUUGUUGCUGGGGGCCGGCCUCGGCCGUCACUCCUGCAGGUGGCCGUGGAGGGCCACGUGUUCCUUCUGGACGUCCUGGCACUCUCGCAGCCACCAACAGGGCAGGGAGCCCAGGCCUUUUCCCGGCUGGUGGCCCAGCUCCUCUCGGACCCCUCUAUCACCAAGCUGGGCUACGGGAUGGUGGGGGACCUGCAGAAACUGGGCACGUCCUGCCCCGCCCUGGCCCAUGUGGAGAAGCAGAUUCUGGGCGGCAUCGACCUGCUGCUGGUGCACAGACAGAUGCGGGUGGCGAGCGUGCCAGCCCCAGGCGUGGACAGGGCCAGGGAGCUGAGGGGCCUGAGCCUCCUGGUGCAGCAGGUGCUGGGCACAGCCCUGGACAAGACGCAGCAGCUGUCCAACUGGGACCGGAGGCCGCUCUGCCAGGAGCAGGUCAUCUACGCAGCUGCCGACGCCUACUGCCUGCUGGAGGUGCACCAAGCCCUGUGCAGAGAGCCCGCCCGCUUCUGCCUGUUGGAGGACCUGGCUGGGAGCCGGAGGCCCAGGCACAGAGAGAGACCAGGGGCACAGAAGCCACCCGGCCUGCAGAAAGCGUCAGCACCGGCCGCACCCAGGCAGGUCCCUGUGGCUGUGGCUGUGGCUGUGUCUGAGGGCGCCGCCCCUCAGGUCCCGGCCAGGGCCUUCCGUGUGGUGUGUGACAACAUGCUGCAGGGGCUGGCACGGAGCCUCCGCUGUCUCGGUGUGGAUGCACGCAUGCUGGGCAAUGGUGAAGACCACUGCAGGGCGGCCGAGGUUGCCAGGCAGGAGGGGAGGAUCAUUCUGACGUCGGGGCAGCCAUUCCACAAGCUCCGGGCCCAGGUCGGGGCUGGGCGCUGCCUCUCAGUCGACUGCUCUCUGAAGGCCCAGCAGCAGGCCAAGGCUGUGCUCAAGCAUUUCAACGUGCGCGUCACCCACGCAGACAUCUUCAGCCGCUGCCAGGCCUGUAACUGUGACCAGUACCUAAAGGUCUCCAGGGACAUGAUGAAGCAGCUCAUGUGGCUCAGCAGUCACCAGGAGGGGCCCAGGAGCUCAGGUGACGAGGCCACCCAGAGCCAGGCGGUGCAGGAGCCAGGCCCAGCCCCAGACGCAGCCCCUGAGGGCUGCACCUAUGACCGCCCCUGCGGCUGGCUGCAGAUGGCUGACCUGCGGGCGGAGACACCGGACAUGCUGGCCGACGGCACCCGGCUGCAGCUGGCAGGGGUCCCGGUGGGUGUGCUGAGGACACCCGGGCUGCGGUACUUCUACUGCUGCACGGGCUGUGGAAAGGUCUUCUGGGAUGGCUCCCACCUGGGUCGUGUUGCCACCCACUUCCGAGACAUGCUGGAGAGCGCCCCCAGCCCCUGUGAGCCGAGCCCGGCCCCCAGCCCGGUCAGCAGCCCCUUCUGAGGACAGCCAGACAAUAAACAUGGAAAGUGCCCGACUGCUGGGCCCAUGGCCGUG